UCCGCGCUCAGAGCUGCGGCUGGAGCUGAGCGCGCCGCGUCGCCCGCUGCCGCCGGUGCGGAGCGUGGGGAGCAUUCGGCCGCAACCCUCGCCCGCUGCAGAGGGUCGCGCCCGCGCCACCGGCCAGGCUGCCCUGUGCCGGGGCCUUUCCGUCCUUGGAGCGGAUCGUUGCCCGCCGGGCGCCCGCCCGCAGUGACAGCGCCCGCCGGAGCCGAGGCCGCGAUAGCGGCCGUGCCCAUGACCGGGUGUCUGCACUUGGCCACUUCCCCACUGCCACCCCCUCUACUACACCUCCCCCAGGCACUGGGACAUCAGGUGGCCACCUGCUCCUAGCUGAGGCUGCACCUGCGAGAAGGCUCAGCAUCUUCUCCUCCCAGAGCAACAGGAAGGAUGGGUGACAUGGCCAACAGUUCUAUCGAGUUCCACCCCAAGCCCCAGCAGCAGCGGGAUGCCCCCCAUGCAGGCGGCUUUGGGUGCACGCUGGCUGAGCUACGCUCCCUCAUGGAGCUCCGAGGGGCCGAGGCACUGCAGAAGGUCCAGGAAGCCUAUGGGGACGUCAGCGGGCUCUGCAGGAGGCUGAAGACCUCACCCACAGAAGGCCUGGCUGACAAUGCCAACGACUUGGAGAAGCGGAGGCAGAUCUAUGGGCAGAACUUCAUCCCUCCCAAGCAGCCCAAGACCUUCCUGCAGCUGGUGUGGGAGGCCCUGCAGGACGUAACCCUCAUCAUCCUGGAAGUAGCUGCCAUUGUCUCCCUUGGCCUCUCAUUUUAUGCGCCACCUGGAGAGGAGAGCGAAGCGUGCGGGAAUGUGUCCACCGGGGCAGAAGAUGAAGGGGAGGCCGAGGCUGGCUGGAUUGAGGGGGCAGCCAUCCUGCUAUCUGUCAUCUGCGUGGUGCUGGUCACGGCCUUCAACGACUGGAGCAAGGAGAAACAGUUCCGAGGCUUGCAGAGCCGAAUUGAGCAGGAGCAGAAGUUCACAGUCAUCCGGAAUGGGCAGCUCCUCCAGGUCCCGGUGGCCGCGCUGGUAGUGGGGGACAUCGCCCAGGUCAAGUAUGGAGACCUGCUGCCUGCCGACGGCGUGCUCAUCCAGGGCAAUGACCUCAAGAUCGAUGAGAGUUCCCUGACAGGAGAGUCGGACCAUGUACGCAAGUCUGCUGACAAAGACCCCAUGCUGCUCUCAGGCACUCAUGUCAUGGAAGGUUCUGGAAGAAUGGUGGUGACAGCCGUUGGUGUGAACUCCCAGACGGGCAUCAUCUUUACCUUGCUUGGAGCUGGCGGAGAGGAAGAGGAGAAAAAGGAUAAGAAAGGCAAGCAGCAGGAUGGGGCGAUGGAGAGUAGCCAGACCAAAGCUAAGAAGCAAGAUGGGGCAGUUGCCAUGGAAAUGCAGCCUCUGAAGAGUGCGGAGGGUGGGGAGAUGGAAGAGCGGGAGAAGAAGAAAGCCAGCGUGCCCAAGAAGGAGAAGUCAGUCCUGCAGGGCAAGCUCACCAAACUGGCCGUGCAGAUCGGGAAAGCAGGGCUGGUGAUGUCCGCCAUCACCGUCAUCAUCCUGGUCCUGUACUUUGUGAUUGAGACCUUCGUCGUCGAGGGCCGGGUGUGGCUGGCAGAGUGUACGCCGGUCUACGUGCAGUACUUCGUGAAGUUCUUCAUCAUCGGUGUCACUGUGCUGGUUGUGGCUGUCCCGGAAGGCCUGCCCCUUGCUGUCACCAUCUCCUUAGCUUACUCUGUCAAGAAAAUGAUGAAGGACAACAACCUGGUCCGCCACCUGGACGCCUGUGAGACGAUGGGCAAUGCCACAGCCAUCUGCUCGGACAAGACGGGCACGCUCACCACCAACCGUAUGACCGUGGUCCAGUCCUACCUCGGGGACACCCACUACAAAGAGAUUCCGGCCCCCAGUGCCCUAACCCCAAAGAUCCUUGACCUCCUGGUCCACGCCAUCUCCAUCAACAGUGCCUACACCACCAAAAUUCUACCUCCAGAGAAGGAAGGUGCCCUCCCGCGCCAAGUGGGCAAUAAGACGGAGUGUGCUCUGCUGGGCUUCGUCCUGGAUCUGAAGCAGGACUUCCAGCCUGUGCGGGAGCAGAUUCCGGAAGAUAAGCUUUACAAAGUGUACACCUUCAACUCGGUCCGCAAGUCCAUGAGCACGGUUAUCCGCAUGCCUGACGGCGGCUUCCGCCUCUUCAGCAAGGGUGCCUCGGAGAUCCUGCUGAAAAAGUGCACCAACAUAUUAAACAGCAACGGCGAACUGCGCAAUUUCCGCCCUCGGGACCGGGAUGACAUGGUGAAGAAGAUCAUUGAGCCAAUGGCUUGUGAUGGCCUCCGCACCAUCUGCAUCGCCUACCGGGACUUCUCUGCCACCCAGGAACCUGACUGGGACAACGAAAACGAAGUCGUGGGUGACCUCACCUGCAUAGCUGUCGUGGGCAUCGAGGACCCUGUGCGGCCCGAGGUCCCUGAAGCUAUCCGAAAAUGCCAGCGUGCUGGCAUUACAGUCCGCAUGGUGACCGGGGACAACAUCAACACGGCCCGGGCCAUUGCGGCCAAGUGCGGCAUCAUCCAGCCCGGGGAGGACUUCCUGUGCCUAGAGGGGAAGGAGUUCAACCGGAGGAUCCGUAACGAGAAAGGCGAGAUAGAACAGGAGCGUCUGGACAAGGUGUGGCCCAAGCUGAGGGUCCUCGCCCGAUCGUCUCCCACAGACAAGCACACUCUGGUUAAAGGGAUCAUUGACAGCACCACCGGUGAGCAGCGGCAGGUAGUGGCCGUGACCGGGGAUGGCACCAACGAUGGGCCAGCCCUCAAGAAGGCGGAUGUGGGCUUUGCCAUGGGCAUCGCAGGGACUGACGUAGCCAAGGAGGCCUCGGACAUCAUCCUGACCGAUGACAACUUCACCAGCAUCGUCAAGGCGGUCAUGUGGGGCCGCAAUGUCUACGAUAGCAUCUCUAAGUUCCUGCAAUUCCAGCUGACGGUCAACGUGGUGGCCGUGAUCGUGGCCUUCACGGGUGCCUGCAUUACUCAGGAUUCUCCUCUCAAAGCCGUGCAGAUGUUGUGGGUGAACUUGAUCAUGGACACAUUUGCCUCUCUGGCCCUGGCGACAGAGCCGCCCACUGAGUCGCUGCUGCUGCGGAAGCCGUAUGGCCGGGAUAAGCCUCUGAUCUCUCGAACCAUGAUGAAGAACAUCCUGGGCCACGCAGUCUACCAGCUCACCAUCAUCUUUACACUGCUGUUUGUAGGGGAGCUCUUCUUUGACAUCGACAGCGGGAGGAAUGCGCCCCUGCACUCCCCGCCCUCCGAGCACUACACCAUCAUCUUCAACACCUUCGUCAUGAUGCAGCUCUUCAACGAGAUCAACGCCCGCAAGAUCCACGGCGAGCGCAAUGUUUUCCACGGUAUCUUCGGCAACCCCAUCUUCUGCACCAUUGUGCUGGGCACCUUUGCAAUCCAGAUUGUCAUCGUCCAGUUUGGCGGAAAGCCCUUCAGCUGCUCCCCACUGUCCACGGAGCAGUGGCUCUGGUGCCUGUUUGUUGGCGUUGGGGAGCUGGUCUGGGGACAGGUCAUCGCCACCAUCCCCACCAGCCAGCUCAAGUGCCUGAAGGAAGCGGGGCAUGGGCCUGGGAAGGAUGAGAUGACCGAUGAGGAGCUGGCCGAGGGGGAGGAAGAGAUUGACCACGCUGAGCGGGAGCUCCGCAGAGGCCAGAUCCUCUGGUUCCGAGGCCUGAACCGGAUCCAGACACAGAUGGAGGUAGUGAGUACCUUCAAGAGAAGCGGUUCAUUUCAGGGUGCCAUGCGCCGGCGGUCUUCAGUCCUCAGCCAGCUCCAUGACGUAACCAAUCUUUCUACCCCUACUCACGUAAUUCUCUCUGCUGCCAAUCCCACCAGUGCCGCUGGGAAUCCGGGUGGUGAAAGCAUUCCGUAGCUCACUCUAUGAAGGCCUGGAGAAACCAGAAUCCAAGACCUCCAUCCAUAACUUCAUGGCAACGCCCGAGUUUCUGAUCAAUGACUACACCCACAACAUCCCGCUCAUAGAUGACACAGACGUGGAUGAGAACGAGGAGCGCCUGCGGGCCCCCCCACCCCCAUCCCCCAACCAGAACAACAAUGCCAUAGACAGCGGCAUCUACCUGACCACGCACGGCACUAAGUCAGCUACCUCGUCAGUGUUUUCUUCCAGACCUGGGAGUCCAAUCCACAGCAUGGAGACGUCCCUCUAAGCAGAACUGCUCUUGGCACGCGCACCCCUGCACACACGCGCACCCAGGCGGGAUGCACAGGACAGCAAGUAGGGCACGGCCAAGGCGGUUGAAGACAUUGCUUGCAGGGCACUUACAAGAAGCCAGUCCAUUCAAGGCUUCUUACCUGGGACCGAGGAGAUGGAGGAGGAAGUGGAGGAGGAGGAGGAGGAGGAGGAAGAAAAAACUAGAGAGCAAGAAGAGCUGUGUUCCCCCCUUCUUUUCUAUCGAAGCUUUUUUUUAAUGAACACUACAAUGCCACCAGACAUUUGUCAUCUGGGCUGCGCUGUGGGGCAGGGGGCUUUAUUGGGAGCUUUAUUGGGAGCUUUAUUGCACCCACUGAAGAGUAAUUGGAUCAACAGAUUCCUACAAAAAGAAAAUAAGCAAGCACUGCUUUGCAGGGCUAGGAAGGAUGUCCCCUGCCCAGACAGCCCACCCCUCGGGAGCCACCUGCAAAUGUACACACACCACCAAGCACCCCAUCCCCAGGACACGUGCAGUCUGUGUGUGUGUGUGCGUGUGUGCGUGCGUAUAGACAUAUACGUACAUAUAUGACCAGAUGCAUAUUUAAAGAAUAAGGAACUAUUUAUCGGCAUGAUAUUUCCAUUCCUCUUAUCAGGUGUUUUCAUUUUGAAAUUUUAUUUAUUUAUUGUGGCAGUUUUUUUUUUCAGGGAACUAGACUACAAGAAUAUCUUUUUGGUUGCUUGCUGUCUCUUCCCCCCCUUCCCCCCACCUCCUGCUGCUCUCCUCCCCCUCCCCUCUGUCCUCCCUCCUCCUGGCACAGGUCCUGGCAAUGUCACCAUUGAGAUUCCCAAGUAGCAGGUCAGGGGGACGGAGGGCAAGGUCUAAGUGGAAGUGGUUACAGUCGAAACAUUUGCACUUUGAGACCCCUGCCUAUAGAGGAAAACAAAAUCCCUUUUGAUGGAAUUUUUUAUUUAAAAGGAAAAUACCAAAGUACUGAUGAGAAUGAUCCCCUCCAGUAGGUAGAAGGGAGAGUUCUGCUUUCAGUUUCCUUUGGUUUCAACUCGAGUGCUGAAUUCUGGCUGGUGGGCUUUCUUUGCCCACACCCCAACUUCAAGAGCAGGAAGCUCCGCCCCCUGCCAUCUCUGACCCCAUGAGAGGACCCAGAAUGGGGGGCGGGGGUGGAGUGACAAGAGUCAGACAGAAAGCAGCAGAGGAAGAUGUACCAUCAAAACCCAAGAGGAGCUUAUGCGGCCGCAGUAUAGACCCCAGCCCCCUCGGCGCCUCCAACGGACUCCCACUCUUUGCCUAGAAGUUGUUGAUGAGAUGCCCAUAAAGUGACUAGGAAAAGUUCUCAGUCACCACCCGCCAAAGCACUCUUCCGACCCGUCUUCUCGUUCAAGGACAACUAUGACCCGCAACAGUAUGGAUUUGUGUCUGCAGCCGCCUACGGCAACAUCAGGGAAAACAGAUGCUGAGGCAAAGCCCCUGGGAGCAACGCUCGUGGCUGUUGCUCUAAUCACUCCUAUGGCUCUUUCUCAUGAGUCUGGAAAGCUGAGGAGGUAAGCUUCACCACAUCGGCUGAACACCUGGUCUGCAGGUGGGGAGAGCUGGGCCUGGGCUCCCCAGAUGGUUCCCUCGGGAGCCUCUCCUUGCAGUGUGGGCACCCAGUGUGCCAAGCCUCAGUUUCCCCCAAAUGCACCCUUGCCAGGGAGGGAAAUGCAGAAAAAGCAGGGGUUCUCUUACCAUCUGAAUUCAUCUGUCUCCUGUUUUGCAGGGAGGCGGUUGGGGUCCAACUACACCUCAUCCAUGCGCCUGUCUGUGAGGCUUGAGCCACUGGGGGCGGGCAGCUGGGAGCUGAGGGACAUAGGGUCAAAAUGGAAACUGCACACACAGUUGAGCAGCAGCUGGACUGAUAGCAAGGCUGGUCUGCCCAUCACGCACUCCCCCAUCCCACACCCAUCAGUGGGGGCUUGUCUUACCUCCACCUGCAUCUGUGAGCAUCCACGCUGGCAGCCAAAACAUGCUCGGGCUCCACCCUUCAUAUGAGUGCCAUGUCACCCCCGAGCAGGAGUAGUCAAAUCUCGGGCAAAGGAAUUUCAGUUAGAAAAGGAAAUCCCAUUUAAAAUGCCAGCUACAGAUAACUUAAAGCCAUCCCUUUUUUCCAAAGGGCACAUUGAGAAUGUUACCCAUUUGUAAAUUGUUCCCUAUGUCCUUGUUUAAACAGCCACAACAAAAAAGGGCAACUCAAUUUGUUGAGGGUCUGUGUGUUCCUAAACAAGAAAUAAAAUUGGAAAUGUUUAAAUUGAAGAAGAUAAGCUGCAUAAUGCUACACUCAUGGGCUUCUUUUCAUUCUCUGUUGUAGACACAUUGAUAGAACAAAUGGUCCAUAUAUAUAAAAAAAAAAAGAAAACCCUCGCUGCUGCUGUACAAAGUUGCCUACUGUACAUGUCGAUUGUUUAGUCUCUAGGUUGCCUUUCCGCAAGGUGUGGGGUUCAGAAAAGGGGUGCCGUGACCUCGGAUCGUGGCUCUGGUUUCUGUAGUCUUCAGGCCAAGGGACCUGUCUCAUCAGGGAGCCCCUCUCUAUAAAGCAUUAUAUUAUAUGGAAUGGCUUGGUCAACUGUGUUCAGUCUUUAAAUAUGUUUUACAUUUUUAUCUGCCUGUUAUAAAGAUGAACAAAAAUAUCUUAAUGAGGAAGACCACAGAUGCAUAAUAAUUUAAAGUCUGUAGUUAAAUUUCCUAAUUUAAAGAAUAGGCCAAAAUUUCUGUGUAUAAAAAAAAAAAUGAAAGGCUCCUACAAUCCUG